AGCCGAUUGACAAGUUGGGGUACGCAGCCAAGGCCAAUCACUGCGAAAGUGAAGACAAGUGCAACUUCACAGCUCCACAGUCUCUGCACAGGCCCUCAGCGUCUCGUUCAGUUACCGAUGGGUCUCCGGCGCCACCCACGUCCCCGCGGACGUUGACCGCGCGCUCCUGAACGUCAUCGUCGCCGUCCUCCGAUCAACAGUCUGACAGACACUGCGGUCUGAAUCCAGAAAUCCUGCCACGCUGAUAGCUCCGCGCGUCGUUGAAAUACCUCCUGCACUCCGGACGGCACCAUGCCGACCCCGGCGCCUGUCGACCAUGAGAAAAGUAAACGCCAGAAAGGAAAAUCGGACGAUCCUGCUGCCGCUCAGUCGCUGUCAUAUCGCCAGUCCCUCCGCAACGUCUCGUCGUGUACGCGCUGUCGCCAGCGCAAAACCCGAUGUGACCAGCAGCUACCACAGUGCGGCACCUGCGAGAAGGCCGGUGCGCGAUGCGUCGGUUAUGAUCCUCUGAUGAAGCGCGAGGUCCCUCGUAGCUAUUUGUAUUAUUUGGAAGACCGCGUCGAGUACUUCCAGAGCCUCCUCGCUGAACAUGGCGUGUCGUUUGAGCCGGGCUCGUCGACGAUGGAGCGCAGCCACCAGGAUAUGUCCGAGGAGCCAGAGACAAAGCAUCCACACAAGCGCAGAGUCAGUGUCGCCUCUAAUUCGACUCUACGCAGUGCGCCGUCUGCUAGCAGGUCGCCGAGGGAUCCAACCGAUGCGACAUCGCAGUUAGAUAUCGAUGUCGCCGACAAACACGACCCCGGAUGCUGCACUGCCCACGAGUUACUCUUCGCCCUGCAACCCUCGAAACCGCUGUCUCAGUCGUUUGAAUUGCCCGACCGAGACCUCGCUACCAAGUUGAUCACCUUCUAUUUCGAACAAGGAUACCCGCAAGUUCCUGCGCUGCACAAGGGCGAGCUGGCACAGGUGCUGAACGAGGCAUACGCUGGGUCGGAGAACCCCCACCCAUACAGCCUUUUCCUCCUGUACAUUGUGUUCGCGAUCGGUGCCUGCAUCAUGCGCGACAGUGACGUUAACCAUGGACACGAUAAAACGACGGUCGGGAAGAGAAAGCGCGACACGCAGACCAAGGUGCAUCCAGCGCAUGAGUACUACUCUGCUGCCAUUACUCACCUGCAUCUAGAAUUCAAUACGUGCGAUGAUGCAUCCAGAAAGCUUGAAGGCAUUGAAGCUGCUGUACUUGUUGCCCAUCUAUCUCUCUUCUAUCCUGUGCGUCCUGGACCUGCCUACCUGGUGGGACUGGCGCUGCGUGCUGCUGUGGACGUAAAGCUGUAUGAUGCAGAUGGUCUUAAUUUAAUCAGCGGUUCAUGUGAAACAACUAUCUCGAACUUAGACGGACACAAGCAAGAUCAGAUCACCGAGCAACGUCGACGUCUCUGGUGGAGUGCGUACAGUCUGGACCGUCUUGUCUCGCCCUACACCGGACGCCCUUUCGCCAUCCCAGACCACCUCACCACCACUGCAUUCCCAUCAAUACCGGAAGAGAUGGAUGUAGUAUGCCAUGGAAUCUCGCCGUCGAACAAACUCAUGAACUUUUUAACAACCCACCUUCUCCAACUGCGACAACUCCAGUCCGAAAUCCACGAAGUCCUUCAAUACCACCACGCCCAAUCAACACGAAUCAACACCAACACAUCAACUGCUUCCAUACUCACCUCACCACUGGACUACUUUGAAUCAUUUGUCUCUUGGAAAAGGGACAUUAACCGGCGCCUCGACGAGUGGAAAGCCUGCAUACCCUCCCGCGAAGAAACCGGCACAUGGGUCCCAAUCGUCCGGCUAGAGCUUGACUACUGGAAGACCAUCAAUCUGCUAUACAGACACGAGGCCAAGGUACCAUCCGAGCUGGCUCGCCUACUCCCAGCAUCGCAAGUAAGCGCUACAUAUCUGGCUGCAGCAGAAGGACCAACAGACGACUUUACCCAUUUCAAGAUCGUCGAGGCCAGUCGCAAGGUCCUGCAGAGCUAUCGGCUCGUACACCAUUUGGAGUCAGGGAACUGUACAUUCCUGGCUACGCAUAACAUAUAUCUUGCUGGGAGUCUAUUCCUCUUCGCCAUCUGGAACUCGCCGAUGAUCCGCAGUAUUCUGACACUCGAUGAAAUCGACACUACUAUUCUCACAGGCACUGCUGUCCUAUCCAGCAUGGCAGAUAUACACCCCCAGGCCAGAGAAUGUCAGGAUUCGCUAGAGGGUAUGCGCGUAGCAACGAUGCAGAUGUGUCUAUCAAAGCCCAGCGCGACCAACCCGACCAGCAUUACUCAAGCCGAAGCACCAAAUGCAGAAUACCAGGUGCAGCUACAGACAGAAGAUAGCAUACCACCGGAUCUGGCAAACACCUUGACGAAUCUUUUCCCUGGGUCAGAUGGCAAUAUUAACAACGUACCCCCGACCAUGGAGAAUCAGGCGAGGUAUUUUGGGAAUAUGGGACAGUCGCAAGGGGAUAAGGAGGACUCCUUAUUCAGUUUGGACUUUCUUGAUAUUGAACUCUUUCCUGGGCGACUUUGCAAUGAUCCUGGUUCUAUUCUAGGACGAUAGAGAGACGUCGGAUAAAGUAACACGGUGCCACUAAUACACCGUCUUCCCUU